UCCCUCUCUCAUGCCGACCCCACUUUUUCUUUUACUUGUUUUUGUACAAGAACCUGACCCAAAGCUCCUCAUACCCAUCCCCCUCUCUCUCUCUCACUCUUUCUCUCUCUAAAUUCGGUGAAGCUAAAGCUAUACACAAAGCCCAUGUUCUUUUUUCUUCCUUUUCAGUGAAAACCCUAACCCAGAAAAUAAUAAAGACAGACAUGUAGAAGAAGAAGAAGAAGAAAGUACCUGCAGAGGAUCGGAGAUGUCCAGAUCAGAGCUACCUCUGCCGGAGGAAACUAAUUAAGAUUUUUGCUUUCUUCAGAAAUCAAUCAAAAUGGAUUCUGGCAAUAGCGGGAGUUUCCAGUCCUCCAGCGGCGGCGACGACGAGUACGACUCACGCGCCGUCGCCGACUCUGUCUCCGCUUUCAUUACUGGCUCCCAAAUUCCCAUCCCGCCGCCGCUCUUCUUUGAUUCCAAUUAUGCCCAUGCCCAUUUCCAGUACCAGCAGAAUCCAAACACCGCCCUACCCAGACCCGCUCUACCAAGAUCCGACCCGAAUAGCUAUACCCAUCCCCAUAUCGCUAACCCGAUACUGGUCUCCGCCUCUCCGUCUUUCCAAGCGUCGCCGCCGGCGGUCGCCGACCGGUCCAGCUCCGGCCUUCCGCCGUCGCCGCAGCAGAAUCAGCCGCGCAACCCGAGGAAACGAUCGAGAGCCUCCCGCCGGGCGCCGACCACCGUGCUUACGACGGACACGACCAAUUUCAGAGCUAUGGUUCAGGAAUUCACCGGAGUUCCAUCUCCGCCGUUCAGUUCUCCUUUCCCGAGGUCUAGGCUCGAUCUGUUCGGCACCUCCGUUAAUGGAGGCGGCGUCCAGCCGCCGCCGUACCUCCGCCGUCCGUUCGCGCAGAAAAUUCAGCCUCCGGCGCUCCCGCUCCCGUUUCUCGACUCCACCGCCGCCGCCGCCGCCGUUGAGGCGUCCAUACCAGAAGCUUCUUCUUCUUCCUUCACAGUUAACAACAAUAACGGCAGCAUCAAUUCCGUUUCCUCAUCAACGGAUUCCGUUACCUUCCAACUGCCAAUCACCGCCCCUUUCGACCUAAAUCAAAACUCACUUUUCACCUCUCUCCUCAAAACAAACCCCAAAUUCCCAUUCUCCAAUUCUCCUCUAAUCUCCCCAAAAUCUCUUCCAAUUUCAUCACAAAUCAUCCCAUCCACCGACGAUCAGUUCCAAUUACUCCAUGGAAAUCAAGUUUCUUCCUCUCUCAACACCUUCUUCCCUCCCGACGAUCAAAUUCCCAAUUCAAUUCCAAAUCAUGACAAGUCUCCUCUACCGCCUGACAAUGCCGCCGACUUCGACUUCGCAAGGAUGACCGAUUUCUCCCCCGGUUCUUCCACAGCAACUCUUCUCCGCCCUGGAAAGGCGCCGGAAAACUCCCCGGCGGCGGCGACCGGAGAAGGUAUGGUGGAAUCGUGGAUAUGUUCUUCAGAGUAGAAAUGAUUACACCGCACAAUGUAUGCUGAGGUAAUGAUGACAGGUAUGAUUAGUAACAGAAAAAAAAAAAAGGCUACCUCAUAGUAAUUAUAAAUCUUCACUAAUAACUUCAAUUAUGUGGAUAUAAUUACAGUUUCAUUUUUUUUUUUUCUUACAUAUAAUUAUAAGUUAACCCGAAUUUCUGACAUAUAGAUAUAUAUUAUUUCAUUGUUUGUUACAGUAUUAAUUCUCGAAUUUAUUUAUUUAAAAUUGAUUUAGAUAUUAUAAUGCAUGCAUUGCGAUUUAGGGUGUUUACUUUUACCUGAAUUGAUUGCGUUCUAUCGUGGUUGAAGUUGGAAGUAUUUUAGCCGUUUUAUUUUACCAUUAUAAUUUAAUUUAAUUAUUUAAUUAAUGGCGAGAAAGAAUAAUAAGAGGAGCGGUCGGCGGCGGGAUUUCGGGAAGGGUUAGGUCUUCCUUUAUAUUGGUCAAUAGCAUCUUCUUUUUAUUUUUUAUUUUUUAAUAGUAUAUAUGUUUAUAUUUCCAUGUGAUUAAUAUUUAAAUUAAUUUUUUAUGAAUUAUUGACAUAUGCAUUAUGGACUAUGGUGCAAAUAAAGAUAACUUAUUCGAUACUAUUCAAAUUAUUA